UUUAUUGUCAUAUAAAUGCCGCAGCCGGCGCCACCGCUCAGCUCAGACUGGCGCUCGAGCGUGUCGGCCCCACACCUGCUCGCCGACAUGAAGUUCGCCCCGCUGGUAAUGUCGUGCCUGCUGCCGGCCGCGGCGCUGGCCUGGACGCAGGGCUGCAUCUCCAAGCCGGUCGGCUUUGGCUACAAGACCACCGGCGGCACGGGCGGGAGGACCGUGGUCCCGACGAGCCCCGCCGAACUCAAGCAGUACCUCAGCAGCACCGAGACACUCAUCAUCGACCUGGACCGCACGUACGACUUUACCCAGCUCGAGGGCUCCAAGACGGAGAACGGCUGCUGGUACAACCAGUGCGGCAGCGGCCCGCAGAAGUCCCUGUCGCUGUACAACGCGUGCGCGGGCCGGUCCACCACCUCCGUUACGUACUCCGUGGCGGGCUCGCGGACGCUCGAGCUCGUCAUCGGCUCCAACAAGACCAUCCGGAGCUCGAACGGAAAGGGCGUCAUCAAGGGCAAGGGCGUCACGUUCAAGAAGUCCAAGAACGUCAUCUUCCGCGACAUCACCAUCAGCGACAUCAACCCGCAAGUGAUCUGGGGCGGCGACGCCAUCGUGCUGAACGGCGCGACGGACAUCUGGAUCCACCGGUGCACCAUCAGGAACAUCGGUCGCCAGUUCUUGGUGACGUACGUCGAACAGAACGUGGGUAUCACCGUGUCUUCCUGUCUGUUCGACGGCAACACCCAAUACUCGGCGUACUGCGACAAGACGCACUUCUGGCUGUGGCUGUUCUGGGGCACUCACGACGAGAUCACGCUCAUCAACAACCGCGUCGUGAACGUCUCGGGCAGAUGCCCCCAUGCAGGCGGCCAGAGCUCAUCGUCGAAAAACCUCAUCCACAUGAUCGGCAAUGAGAUGGACACAAACCACCACCUGGGUAUCGAACCCAACAAGGGCGGGAUCAUCCUGGCGGAGGGAAACAAGUUCAUUGACUACUCGCAGGUCAUUGACACGAAGGCGACAGGGGGCACCCUGGCGAUACCGAGCACCGCCGCGGACGCCGCCAAGUGCCAGGCGUACUUCAAGCAAAACUGCAAGGCCAACGUGUACCAGGGCACGACGGCGCCGUCGAGGAUGGACCUCGCCGUGCUCGACGCAUUCUCCAAGCUGGACCUCACGGCUGUGAACGGCGCGCGGGCUGCCGCCUGCGAGUAGGAGUAGAGUCCUGUAGGCGUAUAGAUAGGACUCCACUUGCGAGGUGUGAAGCGGAGUCGGUUGGGUGGCCUAGCCAGUCGGCGCGCGGACCGCAUCGCGUGUGGUGCGAUAACCGAGUCACUACCGCACUUCUCCUUCUGACGUUGUUUACUAUUCACAUACUCACUGUGGAGAAUUGUCGUAUAUUCACGGGAGAAUUUCCCAUGAUGUGUGUCGUAAAACUACAAUUUGAAAUUGUAAAUUUGCAAGCACCACGUAUCGACUUGGAAGAUCGAUAUCGGGCAGUCGCAAAUUUACAACGUUUUUGUGGAAAAUGUUUUAAAUUUACGAAGAUAUUUUUACAGUGACUGAAAA